AUGUACGUGCAAUAUGCCAGAGAGUUCGAUUCGAAAACCAACAUGGUCGGCAAUAAAUGCAUGCAGUGCAAGCCGAAGGGCACCGACCUCGUGUUCGUGAUUGACGACUCGGGUUCCAUCUCCAGUAGCGAGUGGCGUAUGAUGAUAAACUUCAUGAAAGACUUCAUCGACUCGCAGAAGAUCGGACCGGAUGCAGACCAGAUGCGCGUCUCACUCACAUUCUUCAGCUCUCAUUCCAAGACCGUCAAUUAUGACUACGCAGUUCUUCUUAGAAACGGAGAACGUCAAGGCAGCUAUAAGGGGGCAAUAAAAGCUAUAUUGAGUGACCACAUUCACGGUACCGGAAGAACUCACACGGAUUUUGCGCUGGAGAAAACUCUGCAAAUGAUGGAGUCAGGCCAGAGCGGGUCUCGACUACAUGAUGCUACUGUCAGCAAAGUGGUCAUAGUGUUAACUGAUGGAAUGUCAAGCAAGAAACAUGCCACUAAAAUUGAACGCGACCAGUUUAACAAGUAUCCACAGAUCACGUUCUAUGCCAUUGGGACCAAAAAAAAUGCGGAUGACACCGAAUUGAGGUACAUAGCAGGGAGUGCAGACAGGGCUAGAAAGUACAAAACAGUGAGUGAGUUCUCACGUGACCUUCAGGACAUUGUGCAGAUGACGUGCAAGAGUGUGGCCUUUGUUCCUACGAACUUCUCAGACGGCACCAGCACCAGUGUGUAUUACGACUACAAGUUCAAAUUAUCCCAGCCAAAGUUGAGCUCAGCUGCAGUGAAACAGAACAACUCAUUAGCUGAAGUUGUCGAUGAUGAUGAUGAUGAUGAUAUCAGAUAG